AAAUUGAUCAAAGUUUUAAAAUUAAAAGAUAAAGAAAUGUGGUUGUGCCCAUUGAUGGAGCCUUUCACGAGUUAUACUAUAAUCUCCUGUGGAAUUCGUUUUACAAAGCUCAGACUGUGAUUUCGGGCGGAUAUGAUCAUAAGCGGAAUCCAUAUGGAUUGGUGAUUUCAGUGCAUUUAAGUUUUAAACCAUGUUUAGUGAAGCAAAAAUGGAACAGUCGAUCAGUGAUACCUUAUCCAAUUGCUUGUCGAGACAAUUGGACGAAUACGAAUUAUUAAAGUCCAUGUACCCUGGAAAAGAUGAAAUUAUAUUGUCAGAUCCUAAAAUUAUACAGGAAAUAGAAGCCGUUAUAGGUGGCUCCACAGACUUUACCCCGCGUCACCUGGAUUUUAUUCUGAAACUUGUAGUUGAAAAUAUAAAACUGGAACUCUGCAUAAACUUGCCAAACUUUUACCCAAACGAAGAACCAGAUGUUUAUGUGCGAUGCAAUCAAUUUAACCGUCAUCAAGAAAGCAGUCUGAAUAGUCAAUUAUCUGCAUUUAUUAGAGAAAAUCAUUUAGGAGAAGUAUGCCUGUACACAAUAGUGACAUGGCUUCAGGAUAAUGUUGCUUUGUUCUCUAAAACAGAAGUUAUUGAGAAGCCAAAAGUAGAAGUUGAGAAAAGUGAAGUUACUGACAAGUUUGCCAGAUACUGGAUCCUCUCCCACCACAUAUACAACAAGCACAAGAGAGAUGUUAUACUGAAUACUUCUAGAGACUUUGAUGUCACUGGAUUCUGUGUGCCAGGAAAACCCGGUGUUAUAUACAUUGAGGGACCCGACGGUCACUGCAAGGAGUUUUGGAGGAUCAUCAAAGCCAUGUGCUGGAAAAAAAUUACACUGAGAAAGAUAGAGCUGUUUGAACCCGCACAACGGCCUACAGAACAAAAAUUUCAGUGCUUUAAAGAACUGUUUUUUCAUAAUCCCUCAAUCAAGAACAAUAAACAUGCAGACAUGGGUGUUUUUUCUAAAUAUAUGGAAGAAAUAGGUCUCAAUGAUGCAUUUCACGACUUUUUUGGCCUAUCUAAAGAUUGAUAAAUGCAAUCAGCAAUAGGUCUUAGUAUAAGUAGUUAACUGUUAGUACCUGUUAGUAGUUAACUGUAGGUACCUACUCAAUGUUAGUGAUAAACAAUAUUGAAAUAAGACUUGUUAACUUCUGCUGCUGUAAUCUAAUGUAAUCUACAUUUUGAUUCUAUGUUGAACUUUUUAAGAUUUUAUUAUUUACAAAUUUUAUUAUUAAAUAAGUGUGUUGUUCCGAA